AUGGCCAAUCAUUAUGAUGUUCCAAAUUGGGCCGGUAAACCUCCCGUGGGUUUACACUUGGAUGUAUUAAAAGGAGAUAAAUUAAUUCAAAAAUUAAUGUUGGACCAGAAAAAGUGUUACUUAUUUGGACGCAAUGCACAAAUGAGUGACUUUUGUAUUGAUCAUCAAUCAUGCUCAAGAGUUCAUGCUGCAUUUGUCUAUCACAAACAUUUAAAUAGAGCGUUUUUAGUUGAUCUUGGAUCUACUCAUGGUACAUACAUUGGAAGCAUUAGAAUCGAAGCUAAUAAGCCCACUCAAUUACCAAUAAAUAGUCAAUUCCAUUUUGGUGCAUCUACUCGAACAUACAUAAUACGGGAACGUCCCCAGUCUACAUCAGCUUUUGGGCCUCGUCCGAUUAUGGACCAGUUAGAGAGAGAAUCUGAUCAUGCAUCUAGUUUAUUAGGACUGCCAGAAACUGAUCUUGAGCUUGAUAAUUUAACCGAAUUUAAUACGGCUCAAAAUCGACGCAUAUCGAUGCUUGGUAUAUCAGAUGAUGCAUUAAAAACAAAACGAAAACGUACAAGAGGAGUUCAUUUUAAUGAAGAUGAGCAGAUAAUCAAUCCAGAAGAUAUUGAUCCAUCAGUUGGUCGUUUCAGAAACCUAAUAAGGACUACUGUCAUACCUAAUAAAAAAUUCAAAGAUGGAAUGGGUUUUGCGGUUGACCAAAAUAGUGCUAAUGGCCAAAAUAAAAACUACAUGAAAAAUAUGAUUCCUGGUGCACAUUUACACAAUUCACUUUAUAGUGAUAUUCCUGGUCCUGAUGGUGACAAUAAGCAACAUAGUUUUUUAUCCUCCAUUGGCAAUCGUCUUGGUAUGAAUUUACCAAACCCUGCACCAGAUGUUGAUAUUAACCCUAGUAUAGAAGAAAUAGCAACUCCCAAUCCAGUUGUGUCUGAAAAAGUUGAACCCGUUUCAACUGAGCCUAAAAAGAAAAAAUAUGCAAAAGAAGCGUGGCCUGGGAAAAAAAAUGCACCAGCAUUGCUUGUUUAAAGUAUUUAAAACUCAUUCAUUUUCAAUCUACAGUUUGGAAAUUAAAUAUUUUUUAAUUAUCUACCAAUGACUUUUCUUAAAAUAUUUACUUCUGUGAAAAUAAUUUGGAUUACUAUUUUACUGGAUAUUAGCAACUUAUCUCUGUAUAAGUAUGUGUUUAAAAUUAAUAAAAUAUGUAAUGUUGUAUUACUGUAAUGUGAAUUUUGUUGUGUUAUUUAUAAUUCAUAAUAACUACACAAUUGUAUGGUCUAAUUGUUAGUCUUUUUUUUUUCUGUUGAUAAUUCUAUGUACAGCAAAUUAGUUAUCCAAUAAGAUUUUAGUAUACAAUAAAAGAACAUAAAACUACUUUAUAAUUAGGUCAAUGCUGUAAAAGUUUAAUUUUUAU